AUGCAUUCGUUGAUGCUUUCAUCAAAACUGGCUGAAGUUCUGAUCUAUAGUGGGAAAACGGCAAGGAGUUUUCCGCUCUGCAGGGCUUUCGUUUCAGCAACACCAAGGCCCUUACAAGGAAAGGAAGAGGCAGAGCAAUGCGAAAAAGUGAAAGAAGCAGCAGAGGCAGUGAAAGAAGGAGCGAAGCAAGUGAAGGAAACCACCGAGUAUAUCCAAAAUGUCGCUUCCACUACAGCUAACCGCGUGACUAAGAUGACAAAAGACGUGACGGACAAAGUUACCGAGACGACGGAAAAGGCAAAAGGAUCUGUAUCUGGAGUUUUCGGCACCGCCAAAAAUGCUACCGAUAUAAUCAAAAACAAGAUUCUUGGCGGCGAUUAG